AUCGGAGUAGGGGCGGGUCGCGCGGGUGCCCUCACCGCUAGCCACCCAAUCGCCGUGGGCCCGCGGAGCCCCGGGGGGCUGGGGCAGCGGGCGGAACGUGCCGCGGCUGCGCCGACGCGCGAGCGCGGGGCCGGGCCGGGCGGGUGCGCUCAGUCUGGCGGCGGCGGCGGUGCGCGGACAGACAGACGUGUCGGGAGCGCAGCACCGCCCGCAGCCCAGCAAUCCGGGCCGCGCCCGCCCGCCCGCCCGCCAUGGUGUCGUGGAUCAUCUCCAGACUGGUGGUGCUUAUAUUUGGCACCCUUUAUCCUGCAUAUUAUUCAUACAAGGCUGUGAAGUCCAAGGACAUUAAAGAAUAUGUCAAAUGGAUGAUGUACUGGAUUAUAUUUGCCCUCUUCACCACAGCAGAGACGUUCACAGACAUCUUCCUUUGCUGGUUUCCAUUCUACUAUGAACUAAAAAUAGCAUUUGUAGCCUGGCUGCUGUCUCCAUAUACAAAAGGAUCUAGUCUCCUGUACAGGAAGUUUGUUCAUCCCACACUGUCUUCAAAAGAAAAGGAAAUUGAUGACUGCCUGGUCCAAGCAAAAGAUCGAAGUUAUGAUGCCCUUGUGCACUUUGGGAAGCGGGGCUUGAAUGUGGCGGCCACAGCAGCUGUGAUGGCUGCCUCCAAGGGACAGGGUGCCUUGUCAGAAAGACUACGGAGCUUCAGCAUGCAGGACCUUACCACCAUCAGGGGUGAUGGAGCUCCUGCUCCCUCAGGCCCUCCUCCACCGGGGACUGGGCGGUCCAGCGGCAAACACGGCCAGCCCAAGAUGUCCAGGAGUGCUUCUGAAAGUGCCGGCAGCUCAGUGUGUACCUGCUGCUCUACCUGCAGGACCCGGAAAGUGGUUGAGGGAGAUGUGAAUGAGGGUGGUGUGAAGUCGUGGGAGCCCCACCAGGUCCAAAACCCACUGGCAUUUUCUGACGAGGAGGAGGAGGACCUGUUGGAGUUCAUGUACAAGUAUAAGGCACCGAGGAGGACCGAGUUGCCCCUGGAGGCACCGCCUAGAACCCUACGAUCCCGCUUCAGGAAGAAAAGUACCUCAUCCUCGGCCACUGAAACCACGUGAGAUGAGCCAACAGCACCAGAUCCACAGAUGUCUGUCUCUCCUCUGCCUUAAAGAGCUAGUCACUAGUAACAUGGAACUCUGCAGGCUGGGUGUGCUUGGAGUGUGCAGCCCCACAGACGUGGCCUUUACUCGCUCCCCUCUUCUGCCUUUAAGAAUUUUUCUGUUCUCUUUCCUUUCUGUUCCUGCUGGGGAGAGGCUAAAGUGAAAAGGUGGUGGUGGAGGGUGACCCUUACGUCUUCUGGGGUUAGUGAUUUUCCACAAUUGGCUUGUCAUUGUGGCCGCAGUAUUUUUAGAUAUAUAAGCACUCUUUCCAUGAUGCUGCUGAGAUGUACAUUUGUAAUUUAUUUUGUUGCAUAGUUUUUAGUCCUGUAAAUGCAAAGGAAGUGAUCUUUUUUAAAAACCCUUUUGUUGUUCUUGGUACUAAUACAUUGGACUAUGGUGUACAUAUUUACAGCUUUUGGCUUAAUGUAAUGAACUCGCAAGGGCUGCCAGUUCUGGCAGGUGAGAGAGCUGCAAAAACAAAAAUGUAGACAAACAUUUUGGUUCUAGGCAAUGUCUCCAACCUGCUUACAAAGCCAGUGCCAGGAGGGCAAUCCUUUCUGCAGGAAGGUGACCAGGUGCUUCCAGCGGCUAAGUGGUUAGGGCAGAGUGGAGGCAGGAGUGCAGUGUUCCAGCAACAGGGAAGAAGGUUGGUGGGCGUCAGGGAGGAGGAAGAGUACAGCUUCUUCAGAUCUGGGGCCCUGGCUGUCCUAACAGGUUUGUUGUGCUAUGCCUAGCCUCACCCUUCCUGCCCUUUGGGUUCCAAGCCCUUCUGGGAACACUGGUACUGCUUCAGGCAGGCAGGCUCACCCUUAGCAUAGCCGUUUAGGGGAUGGAGGGAGACUCAGCUGCUGGCAGAAUUGCAAGUAUCUCAGAAGCGCUUGGCAAGAGUGUUUCUCCUUCAGGGACCAGUGCUGUGGCUGAUUUCUCCAGAAGUAGCCUACAUCUGAGCACCUUGUCUUAGAGUGCACAAAGCAAAGAGAAAAGCCUAGAAUUAGGUUUUGUUAUAGAUGUGCUCAAAAUACAUGAGACACUCAAAUAUCAAAUGACCGCCAGAAAGCAGGACUAGGGAGGAUUGAGGCUAAGCCACAGGCAUCUGUGGCUCUUGCUCCUUUCUGGCUUGUGUGGAAGAUGGACAGGAAGGACUGAUACUCAUGCUCACUCCAUGUCUUCGUGGAUGUUUUAUACAUGCCAGGACUGCACUGAGCAUUUUGACAAGUCUCUGACUUAGAUAACAUUGUGUUCUGAGGGAGCUGCCUUCUCCUCUGAUAGCUGAGCCAAAUUGUAGGGCUAGUCUAUUUGUGCGUAGAGUUGGUGUUUUCUUUCCAUGUAAUGCAUGCAGCGGUCACAACCCAGUUACUCCUAUUUGGAUUAUGUUUGUUCACAGCUAUACCCUGAAGGCUAGAGAAAUAGUGUUGUAUACCAGAUAGAACUGUCAACUGACUGUAGACAGGCUCAAUUACAAACCACUCUGGUACCGAGCUAUACAAACAUGCACUGGGAGACUGCUACAUUAGCUGGGCCUUGGCCAUUUCACAAAGGGUUUCAGUUGGAGUUCAUUGCUGCCAGACACACCUAAUGGAAUUAGGUGAUUUUGUAUUUUAGAACUAAUCUUCGGGAACUAACCCAAGAGCUGAUGAAUGAGGGUAAAUAGUCUGCCUGUGCCCCAUACCCAUCUGAAGCUAUUAAGAAAGAAGCAUCUGUCCUCUUCAUGCUCACCCAACAGCUCCAGACAGAGAAAUGAUACCCUUUAAAACGUAUGCAUGUGUCAGCUGGGUGUAUCCAGGGUAAAGAGAGACAGGUGCAGGAAAGCCCAAGAAAAACAACUUGGCAGCCUCCCACCCCCACCCCCAAAAUAAUAAAUGGCUUUAAGGACAGAAUUUAAGUCCUAGUAUCUUUUCAUUGUUUUACAACAGGAAGUCAUAACACAUCUAGGCUCUCAAGUUUGUACUUAGCCAUGCCAAAACCCAUUUUGAAGCACUCCUCUCAGACAUGCUGUAUUACUUCUUACUCAAGAUUUAAAAUAUAAAGGUAUCUAAAUCAUUGUAACUACUUUUCCUUCAAGUGUUGACUAAGAAGUUGUUUCCUCUCUUAAAGACACUCACUGUACAGCCAAACACAGCUGUCUUAUUUCUUGAGAACUGUGUUUACUUUUCUGACAAGCUGUGUAUUUGUAUGUAGACUGACAUAUGAUGUGAAUGACCCUGUACAUGUAGAGGUGUGGUGCUCUGUCUACGAAAGAUAAAGGAAAGUUUCUAGUUUGCUGACGUAAGACAUAGGCUGUUUACAAAUCAAUAGCUGGAAGGUCUACUUGUCUCGGCUUUGAGUUACUCUCCAUGGAGCCCGGAGAAAAGGUGAGGUAUGGUCUCAUGCUCAUCAACUGGAGAUUUAGUCAUAAUGGCUCCUGACUUUGUGUGAAUAGCUUGCUCACUUUGCUGGCCUUUGAUAUGUAUGUUCUUCGUGGUAAACUGUCCAUGUGUUUGUAUUAAGUGCUUGUCAAUCACAACCAUCACGUAGCUGUCCCAGUUCUUCACCUUGCACAGUAUUUGAAGUAUUAGACGUGGUGGAAGAUGUGCUUCAUCCUCUGACAGUGUACGCUCGAAGAGCUGAUGUUCCGGAUUGUGGCUGUGUGCAUUUCCUCUAGUUUAUUUCUGAAGUCUCUCUAGAAUGAGUAUAAUUAAUAGUAUACUGGACUGUGUAUCUAAGGGAUGUAAAUUGCAGUAUUCCAAAGGCUGAAGCUCUGCUGUUUUGUUAUAAUGCCUGAUAAACAUCUUGAAUAAAGUCUUAACAUUUUUCUUUUAAAAGAAAAAGUGUAAUGUUGGGCUUACGAGAAAAGAAGAAAUAAUUUUUUAAAAA